ACUAUAGACACUGUUGAUUCGCUUUUUCCAUUCUUUUUGGAUGGGUGAAACAUUGUCAGUGUUCGACCACUUAGUCGCUGGAUAACCGUUGUACGAUACGGGUUUAGUUUGAAAAAUAAAUAAAUUAGAAGACAGACAGACAAACAAAACAAAAAAAAAUUGAAAGAAAAUUUGCUUGGAGAAAAUAAAUAAUUGUCCGAUAAUCAAUUUACUUGCAAACACAAAUAAUUUUUUUAGUGAAUUCGACUGAUCUUUUAUUUCUUGCAAGUGUAAAGAAAACAGUGAAAAUCAGAUUCAUCGCAGAAAAUACGCCAUACGGAAUACGGGCGAUCUAUCAUCACUUUACCGUUAAUAAUUUAAAAAGCUUUACAUACCACGGUAAUUAACACAUUGUCAAAAAUGAAAUGUUCGGUCACACCGGAACCAACACUCAUUACGGUUGGCUCAGACUUACCGGAUAUGGUUAAGCCAACAACAGCACAACGCAAUAAGACCUGGACAAUGCCGAAGUUUAAGCUACCUCGAGCAGCAACAGCGUUUAUAACAACAGUUGACAGAGACAAAACUAAUCAGUCAAUCGACAAUGGUGAACUGCAAGCGAUUUUGUCUCAGCAACAGAUGAACAAUGUGGGAAUUUGCCUGUUACGGGAUAGUCCGUUUCGAAUACUUAGGGCUGCUGAAGCGGGAAAUUUGGAAGAUUUUAUUCGUUUGUUUCAAAGUAACAACAACCGCCUAUCAGUUCAGGAUGCUAAGGGUAGAACGGCCGCGCAUCAAGCAGCUGCACGAAAUCGAGUUAAUAUUUUGCAAUUCGUUAAGGAGCAACACGGAAAUUUGGAUGCACAAGAUCUGGCUGGCAAUACUCCUUUGCAUUUGGCUGUAGAAAAUGACUCCUUAGAAGCCUUGGAAUACUUGCUUUCGGUUUCCGUCAACACAGGCCUCCUGAAUGAAAAGAAACAAGCACCGGUCCACUUGGCAACCGAAUUGAACAAAGUGAAUGCUCUCAAGGUUAUGGGACAGUACCGGAAAAUCAUCGAUAUACAAAAAGGUGGUGAACAUGGACGAACCGCAUUGCAUUUAGCUGCGAUUUAUGAUCAUGAGGAGUGUGCUCGCAUUCUGGUAGGUUUGAUUACAGAAUUUGGAGCUUGUCCACGGAAACCUUGCAACAACGGAUAUUAUCCAAUUCAUGAAGCCGCAAAAAAUGCCAGCUCGAAGACGAUGGAAGUUUUCUUUCAGUGGGGUGAAUCUAGGGGAUGUACGCGAGAGGAAAUGAUUUCAUUCUAUGAUUCUGAAGGUAAUGUACCUUUGCAUUCGGCUGUCCACGGAGGUGAUAUCAAGGCAGUAGAACUAUGCAUAAAUUCGGGAGCCAAGAUAUCAACACAGCAGCAUGAUUUGUCAACACCCGUUCAUCUGGCUUGUGCUCAAGGUGCCCUUGAUAUAGUCAAGCUUAUGUUUAACAUGCAACCCAUAGAAAAGAAAGUUUGCCUAGCUUGUGUAGACGCACAGAAAAUGACACCGUUACACUGUGCAUCGAUGUUUGACCAUCCCGAUAUUUGUGAAUAUUUAGUCGCCGAAGGGGCUGACAUCAAUACUUUGGACAAAGAACGUCGGUCACCAUUACUUCUGGCUGCCUCACGUGGCGGCUGGAAAACGGUGCAUCUGCUAAUUCGGAUGGGUGCAAAUAUUGCCAUUAAGGAUGUGAAUUCUAGAAACGUUCUUCAUCUGGUUAUCAUGAACGGCGGCCGGUUAGAUGAAUUUGCCUCUGAAGUUUCCAAAGCUCAGUCAAAAUCGUUGUUGCUGCAGUUGUUGAACGAAAAAGAUCACACAGGAUGCUCGCCACUGCACUAUGCCAGCCGAGAAGGUCAUAUAAGAUCGUUGGAAAAUUUGAUUCGACUUGGAGCGUGUAUCAAUUUGAAAAACAACAACAAUGAGAGUCCGCUGCAUUUCGCUGCUAGAUAUGGCAGAUUCAACACCGUACGGCAAUUGUUGGACUCGGAGAAGGGAACGUUUAUUAUAAACGAGAGCGAUGGCGAAGGACUUACCCCACUGCACAUAUCUUCUCAACAAGGACAUGCUAGGGUGGUACAGCUACUUCUAAAUAGAGGAGCGUUGCUGCACAGAGAUCACAACGGACGGAAUCCCCUGCAUUUAGCUGCAAUGUCUGGAUACACUCAAACCAUAGAACUUCUGCAUUCUGUUCACUCUCAUUUACUAGAUCAAGUUGACAAAGACGGGAACACUCCACUCCAUCUCGCUACAAUGGAAAACCGACCAAGUGCUAUUUCCUUACUGCUCUCAAUGAGCUGUAAACUCACUUACAACUACACCGAUAUGAGUGCUAUCGAUUAUGCCAUUCAUUACAAGUAUCAGGAAGCCGCUCUGGCAAUGGUAACGCAUGACACGCGAGCGGAUGAAGUGAUGGCUUUACGCUCUGAUAAACAUCCAUGCGUUACAUUGGCUCUGAUCUCAUCAAUGCCUAGAGUUUUCGAAGCUGUGCAGGACAAGUGUAUCACAAAAGCGAAUUGUAAGAAGGACUCUAAGAGCUUUUACAUAAAUUAUUCGUUCUCCUGUUUACAAUGUCCAACUAUGUAUGCAGAUGUUGACGAAAAAACUGGGGAGACAUUACAGAUAACAAAACCGAUACCCCUACCCGCGUUAAACGCCAUGGUAAGCCAUGGAAGAGUCGAACUUCUAGCCCAUCCAUUAAGUCAGAAAUAUUUGCAAAUGAAGUGGAAUAGCUACGGAAAAUAUUUUCAUGUGACCAAUUUGUUCAUUUAUAGCGUGUUUUUAAUGUUUGUGACAUUGUACUCAUCACAAUUAAUGAGCAAUGUCAUUGACGAGAAUCCGAAAUUAGGAAAUGGGACAGAGCUGCCUGAUCUGAUCCAUGAAGAAGCAAUAACACCAGCCCCUUUACACUCUCGCCAUCAGACCCAGUACAUUGGCUCCGCCAGUAAAUCAACGCCACCGACAUUCAAUCAGAUCGAAGUAACAAAUAUUAUGAUUGUAUCUGCUAUUGCCAUAUCCAUUUAUGCCGUUUUGAGCUCCGUGCGAGAGGUCGUUCACAUUUACCAGCAGAAGUUGAACUAUCUAUUGGAUCCCAGCCAUUGCAUAUCUUGGCUGCUGUACAUUUCAUCUUUGAUAAUGGUGAUGCCAGUGUUUUGUAAGGGUAGCGUAAGCGACGCCAGCUUCUCAGCAGCAUCGGUAACAGUCUUUUUGUCGUGGUUCAAUUUACUGUUAUUCUUGCAACGGUUCGACCAGGUUGGCAUCUACGUGGUAAUGUUUUUGGAGAUUUUGCAAACCCUGAUGAAGGUGUUGAUGGUGUUUUCGAUUUUAAUCAUUGCCUUUGGCUUAGCGUUCUUUAUAUUGAUGUCAAAGACAUCUAGCAAUCAGUCAGCGAACCAUUUAUCAUUUUCUUCGAUUCCAAUGUCGCUUCUUCGUACAUUCUCCAUGAUGUUGGGAGAAAUGGACUUUGUCGGAACUUACGUUCAACCGUUUUACACGAACGAGCUCACGUUUCCCAUACCCACUUUUCUUUUGCUUUGUCUCUUCAUGAUUCUUAUGCCGAUUCUGUUGAUGAAUCUGCUUAUUGGUUUGGCCGUUGGAGAUAUUGAGUCAGUGCGUCGGAACGCCCAGCUGAAACGAUUGGCUAUGCAGGUGGUGUUGCACACUGAGCUCGAACAAAAAUUGCCCCAAAUGUGGCUGGAACGGGUCGAUAAAAUGGAAUUAAUCGAAUACCCAAACACUCUGAAAUGUAAACUGGGAUUCUUUGAUUUCAUCUUGAGAAAAUGGUUCUGUAAUCCCUUCACUGACGAUGCCACAGUUGACAUGAUGAUGGAAAGCAAUGAGGACUAUCUCACCGAAGAAAUGGAAAAACAGAAAAAGAAAUUGCGAGACAUCGGCAACGUAUUGGACAGUCAGCAUCAGUUGCUCAGACUUAUCAUUCAGAAAAUGGAAAUCAAAACCGAGGCUGAUGAUGUGGAUGAAGGCGUUUCGCCGAAUGAAUUUAAGCCGUCGGUCGCUUGUAUUCCACAAAAUACACGAUGGAAUUCACCGAUGAUACGUAAAAAGUUGAAGCAUGCAAUGAGUUUCACGAAAAACUAAAAUCGAAAUUGAUUUCAUUCGUUCGACUUUUGUAAUGGAAUGAAAGUCUCAGAUUCUAGAACUGGUGACCAAAGUCAUUUUCCGUUUUAUAUUAUUCCACUUUUUUACUUGUUAGACGUCUGUGAGCCGAACGGUUGCAUCCAUCAAAAAUAAAUAUCUUUCCAGUGGGUUGAGUGUAAAAUUUUCUAUUGCAAUAGAGAGCAUCGAAACGUAAAUUUGACCAAAAGAAGAUGGAACUUUUAAUUGUGUUAUUAAACCAAAAUUAUAGUGUAACCACUAUAAAACACAAAUUGAAUUUAAGUUUUCUUAGAUUUUUUGCUCCAAUUACAUAUCGCUCCAUGCAACGGCAACAAAUCUUGGAUUAUUUAUUAUGCAUUUCCUUCUGCUAGACCAUGCA